AUGGGAACCGUACUUUCAACAUUUUCCAAUGAAGAUUCAUCACAAUAUCCAGUACAUACACCUAGAAGACCAUUAAGUGAUACCCAUAAAACAAAGGAAUUUAGGUGUUAUAUUCCAUCUACACCACAUAAUAGACCUUAUGAUGAAUACAUUGAUCAACAUCAAUCAAUAAAUAAAAAUUUGAAUUUUGACCAAAAUGAUGAAGCUUUAACAAUACAAAGGGAAUAUGAAUAUAUUACUGGAAAUCGUUGUACAGAAUCGGAUAAAACUCUCAACCCUGCAAAUAUGUUUAGCUUAAAACGAUUCUUAUUCUUUGGUUUAUUACGUAAGACAAAAAUGUCAGUUAGUAACGGGAUAAUUCCAAGUUUAAGAACCCCAGAUGACCGAAUCCACAGACUAUCUGUUAAAUGUGAUGGAAAGAAUGCUGUUUACGGUCGUGGUGAUCAAAGGAAAGUUUUAGUUAAUUCAACGAUUGAAACCCCGGUAUUUUACUGUCACCAACAACAGGAACAUCUUGAAGAAGAUUCAACAAAGUUAGUUAAUAAUAUACGGAAUAUUCAAUUAGACAAUCUCCAAUUCAAUCCUAUAUCUUCCUCAUCCUAUUGUGAUACAUCAAUUCCAAAAGAAGUUUCGCAAUUUGAAACUUUAGGAAUAACACGGAAUUCUUGUCAUUUUGAAUCCAGAGAUAUUAUGAAUGACACUGUUAGCCAGGAGUACCGUUCAUCUGGUCAAAACUCCCUAACAGACUGUAAGUCAGUUUAUCGGAAAGAUUUUAUAAUUCACCAUGAUACUACUACUAAUAAUGAGCAAAUUAAACAAUUAUCUGAACCCAAUUCACGAUUGAGACAUCGUUAUUCACACUGUUUAUCUACAGAGUUUAGUCGAAAAUGCUGCGUUACACACCAUCAUAACAAUGAUACUAUUGGUAAUACGAUGCCAUAUACACCUAGCCUUGCUGAUUUAAGGUGGGUUGCUAAAUCUAAAGGUUCAAAUAUAAAACAAUCAAACGAACAGCUUUAUGUAAGUAAUUCACCUUAUUCACCUAUAGAAAAUAACUCUACUGUGCAAAGUUGUCAGAACAAUAGUGAUUACUUUCAUAUACCUACAUCUACAAUAUCAGGAAAUUCGUCUAAACAGCUUUCAACAUUCAACGAUAACGCAUCUCCAGUGGAUACUUAUCCAAGAGAAUAUCAUCAUCCUCAUCCCACACAUCAUAACUAUCACCAAUAUCAAAAUAACCAAUUGAUAGUAGAACAGAUUUCACGGAAUGUCACUGAUACUUCACCAAGUACACGUAGUUGUUCGUUCGAUAUGCAUUUUCCCCUAUACAAUCAUCAUAAUAAUCAAUCAAAUAAACGUAACUCCUCUUUGUGUACUGUUAAAGAUAAUUGUGCCUCAAUUCAUAUACCACCGGCUACUUCUACGCUCUCUGAAAAUAGUUCUAAUUUAUCUUGUGUACAUAACUGUUUAUCAGCUCAUACGUUUGGAAUUCUUGAUAAUAAUACACAAUACAACUACCAAAAGGAAACAAACAAAAUUGAAGAACAAUUAUCAAGUAAAUUAGAUAGACGUUUAACUGAAUUUGAUAUAGGUCUAACAAAUCCAUCAUCUCCUAUUCAUGUACAACGUAAAGUCAAUGUAAUGAGAUUUGAUAAAUAUCGAAAAAUUACAAAAUCAAUAUCAUGUUAUGCUUUAAAACUUUUCACUCAUCAUAAUAACAAUAAUCUUUGUCAACAAAAAUAUCAAAAAGGUUCUGAUGAAUCAACCAUAAUGACCAAAUCAUUUUUUCGAACAAAUAACAUAAAUUAUGAUCGAAUAAUAUCUAAAUUACAUUCUGAUAGAAAGAUGAAUGAUCGUAUAAAAAAGAACUCUUCCAUUAGAGAUGUUGGAGAAUUAAAAAGAUAUAAUCAACAGUUUGAACAAUGUAAUACAGUUACCAUGACAACUACAGUGAUGACAACAACAACAACAACAACGAAACCAACAAAUAUGAUGAAUAACAAUCAAAAAAACACUCUUAUCCCACAAUAUUAUAGAACUGAUGCUCAAUCAACAGAUUGCAUUAAAUGUUAUAAUGAUAGAAAAAGUACUGGGAAAGUAAAUGGAAUUUAUGGAAUGUUUGAAAAUCAUAAAUCAAAUCAUAAACUUGAUAGAUACUAUAAUAUGAAACAUCUUAAUCAUGAUAAUCGUUCUUAUUAUGAGACAUCUAUGUUUCAAACAAGUUGGAGACGUGGUGAACUGAAAAAAGAUCAACAUCAGUCAGGAAAUGGAAAGUCUAUGAAUAAUAUUUCUAAUACUAAUACAAUGUCUCAUGUUUAUAAUUUAUUUCGUCAACCAAUAUUUAAAGCAAGUACAAGUGAAUUAUUAAAAUGUUUAUCCAUUUUUAUUGUUGCACGUAUACAAAUGAAUUUAUUGGAAAAUUCAAAUCGUUUACGUAAUUCUGAUUUACAUGGUAUUCAACCAGCAAUUAUUGUUACAUGGAUUCGAGCUAUUGAUCGAGCACUUCUAUUACAAGGUUGGUCUGAAGUAGCAUUCAUUAAUCCAACUCAUGUUGUAUUUUUAUAUAUGAUGUUAAGAAAUUUUAUACAAAAUGGUGAUAUACAUACAGAACGUGAAUUGCAUACAAUUAUUAUGGCAUGUCUAUACUUAGCUUAUUCAUAUACUGGUAAUGAAAUCAGUUAUCCAUUAAGACCAUUUCUUAUUGCUGAAGCAAAUCAAUUUGUAGCUCAUUCAGAAGGUGGAAAUAAAAAAUUAUUAUCAAAUACAAUGCACAUGUUAACGUCAUCAUCAGCAUCAUCAGCAACAUCAUCAACAAUAAUCACAACAACAACAACAACAACAACAGGUAUCGAGAGUUGUUUAAAAUCAAAAGUAAUUGAUGAAGUAAGAAAUCGUUUUUGGCAAUAUGUUAUACGUAUUGUAAAUGAAAAAUCAUCUGAAAUGCUUCGUAUUAAUGCUGAACCAAUAUUGUUUACACAAAUGUUUAAAGAAUUAACUUUAUAUGAUAAUAUUGUUAUUGCUAUGAAAUUAUUCUCAAAUCGUAAUUACAAUAUCAACCAUAAUAAUAAUAAUAAUAACUAA